GGCUCAGACCACCUAGCAGUUCCGCCCCUGCCACAGGCAUUACCGAUGGCGCCUCCCGGAGUCGGCCAAUCAGGGGACCCGCAGAAGAACGCCUUCCCACGCCAACCAAUGGGAGACGCAGGCCACGCGAUGGCUCUACCCUGGGAGCCAAUCAGAGCACGAGGGACGGAGUGCGCACAUCGGGAGAGGAGAAGGUGGGGCUGUCGCGCCAGGUCAGGGAACGCGGGAGGCCCGGGGUUCCAAGGAUCCCGCAGGUCCUCCAGGCUUGGCCUGAGCGGUUUCCUCCACAUACGCUCCUCUCCUACACAAGUCCGGCCCUCGGCGCUCCUGCCGAAGCAGCAGGCGCCUUGGACUCUGCGCGAGGCCCGCCGGCCGCUCACCUAUGAUGGUCCGCGCCGCCGAGACGAUGACCACGGGAUCUGAGCCUGCAUUCAUCCUGCCCACGACCGCUUCUCCUGCCGCCGUCUGCCCUGCGCUGCCUGCAAGUUAGGCGAGGCUCCUCCUCGCAGCCCACAGGCCGCGCCACGGGCGGGACCUGAGCCCAGGACUGGAAUCCCACGGGCGAGAAUCUCGAGUGAGAGCCCGGCCCGUGCGGGGCU